AUGACAACCUACGCUGAUACCGGUUGGCCGUGUUCUCCGGAUAUCUCCGGGACAAAGGCUGCAAAGAAGAUCCGAAACCGUCAAUCUGGUACUCCUUGGACUCGCUCAGGAUGUAUCACCUGCAAAAAGCGCCGCAAAGGUUGCGACAAGGCCAAGCCGAGCUGCAACAAUUGCAUCAAACAAGGUCGAACUUGCGAGGGUUAUGGAGAUCUCUGGGUGCAACCGUUGGGCCCGUCAGCGCAAGUCUUCAACCAACCAGACGAACAGAAACGACGACGACUGAGUGUUUCCACGCCGUCUCAGCUCUUGUCUCCGGCACCGUCGCCCUCUUCAGAUUUGUGGCUGCACAUACAGCCUUCACCUACCACAGAUUCGCUUUCCCCCAGUCCAUCUCAACUGUCCUCGCCACGAGGACGAAUCAUCGAUUUGAACGAAGAGCCAGACCACACGGAUCAGAUUGAUAAAUACAAAACACCUUCAUCAUCGAGCCAGACUGACGCUCUGACGAUGAUCCCGCGGCAACACAGCUUUAUCAGCCACCUUGGCGACAACGAGACGCAUUACCUGCAAUAUCACGUCGAGUUUGGAUCCCGGCUUCUCGCCAACCUCGAAAGUGACGAUAACCCAUUACGCUCUCUACUCAUUCCUCGCGCAAUAUCAUCGCCUCUCUUAAUGAAGGCAGUAUGUGCAGUCUCUGCUCUUCAUCUUGCCAACCGGUCCGCAGGAUUCAGCGCACAAACUGCCGCGGCAGGUUUCUACGGCCGAGCUCUCAGCGGUAUCCGCACAGAGAUCGCCGAUAGCUCCACGAAUGGUCUCUCUGACGAUACCAUGUUGGCAGUUGGCCUACUGUGCAAGUACGAAGUUGUCCGUGGAAGCGUGAAGCAAUGGGUGGUUCACUUGAAUGCUCUGCAGCGCUUAAUCGCUUCCCGCGGCGGGUUGGUAGCCAUGGACCGUGAUGCUGCAGAAUUUCUUCGAGGCCUAUAUGUUUAUGCCUAUAAUAUGGCUCGAAUCAGCAAUCGUAAACGCAUUACUCCUAGCGAGGACUUCGCCACACAUACAGACCUAGGUCCUCCCCGAUUGGACAUAUACAUCGGGUACACUGAACAGAUCUUGAAUCUCUGCGCACGCAUCGUCGAACUUCCCUCUCUACAAAACGACACUAUUUCUCUUCGCCUCGCAAUAGCCUCCAUAAACGACUCCCUCCUCACAUGGUCCCACACAAACACGCGCUAUAUAAUACCCCAAGGCCUCACAAGCGAAGCUCUAAGCCGCCUUCAACUCGUCGCAGAAUGUUUCCGCGACGCAGGAUUCAUAUACCUCCACUCCAUCCUGGAACGCAUGCACAACAAUCAACCCCAAUCCCAACCACCAUCAGCCGCUGAUACCCCCUACCCCGGUGAAACCGAAUUUACAUCAUUAAUUUCCAUACCGAAAGCUACUGCCGUUGAUACAUGCCUCUCACGAAUCGAAUCGCUCCACCUGGACAACCACUGCGAGUACUCGGCACUCACAUUCCCGCUCUUUAUCUCCGGCUGUGAGAGCUCGGUCUUUGCGCACAGAGAUCUUGUCCUCGAUUCCCUGACCAAAUUGCAGAGUAAUUUCGGCAUUGGAAAUACCCAGCGCGCCAAGGACGUACUAAAGAUAUUGUGGUCGAGAAGAGAUGCCCAUAUUCGAAACCCGUCUGGCGCAAAUGUGGGAAACGUGCAUUGGUUUGAUAUUUUGGAGGAGCUUCAGUGGGAUUUGACCCUUGCAUGA